AUGAGUGUAAACCCAAUUUUCCCAGCAAACCGCGCAGAGCUAAAAGCUUUUGCUUCCGUCUUGGACAUUUCUUGCGUCGAAUCCAGAGCCGCAUAUGAAGAAGCAAAAGCAGGUCGCUUUUCUCCUGCUAUCACAGAUAUUGCUGGAAAUUCGUUCCGACCGUGUGCUAUUGAUACAUACUCUUCCAUAACCAGUGGCGAAUGCGCAGAUCUAUUCGCUGACGUUAUGAAGUGCAAUGCCAAAAACGAGUACAACCAUGGACGGGUAUGCAAGGAUGUCCGUCGUGCUUUGGAAAGUUGUGCUGCCAAGAACAAGUACGGCGAGUUUGGAAAGAAGUACUAA